UGUUGUUUAUUUUCAUUGAACCAGCAUGGCAAUGAAGAUGAUCAACUCUGUCUUCUGCUAAAUAAUAAAUAAGAAAUCACAGCUUAAAGGUUAAAGGACUAAAAACGAGCAUCCUGAAGAAAUUCCACAAUGAAACGAAAACUAAGCGAAAGUGAAGAUGAGAGAUCUCUAAACGUUGACAAGGAGGGAGGCAACAACAAAUUAACUGAUGCAAUUUCUAAAGAACAUAAAAAGGCAAAACUUAAAGCACAUGACUUCAGCACUCAAGAGAUUGCAAGGUUAAAGGAAACUGAGUCAUUAUUCCAUUCCAGCUUGUUCAGGCUACAGGUAUCAGAAUUGUUGAAAGAAAUAAGCACCAAGCAGAAGUUAAAAAGUAGUAUUGAGGAAUGUGUGUCUGCCUUAAUAAAGACUCUUAAAAAUCUCCCUGCUGGAAAAGAACAUAAGAUAACUGAACGUCAUUGGUUAGAGACAAAGGCAAUACAAGUGCCACUGGUAGAAAAGCCAUUUCAUGUAAAGGGAAAUUUCCAGUUUUUACCACCAGCGGAGGUCAGAGAAACAGGAAGUGUAGUCCUUGACACACUAAUUAAGCCAGAUGUCCAGGUUGAUUUGGUUCUACGAAUGCCCAAAGCUUGUUUCCAUGUUAAAGAUUAUCUAAAUCAGAGAUAUACAAGGAAGCGAGCUCUCUAUCUAUGUGCAGUUGCUAACCACUUGUGUAAAAAGAAAAGAAUAGAAGAUCUAAAGUUUUCAUAUCUCAUGGGAAAUCCCCACAAACCUGUUCUGAUAAUUCUAUAUAAAGGAAAGGAUGAUUCACAGCAUGUUAAAUUUAGACUUCAUGCUGAACCUGAUAAUGAUAUUUUUAAGCUUGCUCGCUUUCAUGUGUCCAAAAAUAAUGUGAGACCAAAGUGGUUCUAUGAAAAGGGUGAGACUGUGGAGGAAGAUGCAGAAGGUUUGCCAGCAACAUCCUAUUAUAACUCAAGUAUCCUACAUGACCUCACUUCAGCAGUCAAUGAUCAGUUUAUUGAGAAGAUGCUGAAAGGUUCAGAGGGAAUCCAACAAGGGUUAAUGCUGCUUAAAAUCUGGUUAAGACAGAGAGAGUUACUGGGGGGUGAUGGAGCUUUUUCUGGCUACUUAAUGAGUGCCUUUGUUGUCAACAUCCUUCUGUUGAAAAAGAUUAACAAAUUGAUGAACGGUUAUCAAAUAUUUAGGACAACUUUGCUGUAUUUGUCCAAGGCAGAUUGGAUUUUGGAACCUCCAUCUUUGUUUGAAGGCAAAACAGAGAAAUGCCAACCGUCCAUUGAUGAGUUCAGGAGUGAAUCAGGAUGUGUUUUUGUAGAUCGAACUGGUUAUUUUAAUUUGGCAUAUAUGUUGUCAGCAUCUAUUUUCUCUAGGGUCAAAGCUGAAGCUAAGAUCUCCCUUUCUGCUUUGGAUCAGCACCAGCAGGGAUGUUUUGAUGCACUUUUCAUGACUCCUGUGUCAUUUGCUCGCAAAUUUGACCACAUUUUUCAUGUGUCAGUUACACCUUCUUUAUUGGUGACUGCUUCCAAAAAUAUUGAAGGGCUGUCCCAGAGGCAAGUGGACUUAGGGGGUCACAUCAGCAUGGCCCUGUCUUUACACAUUCUCUCUUUGUUGUCCAAAUCACUGGAAAAAAGAGUUCUACUUGUUCAGGCAAAGACAAAUCCAUGUGUUGAGUGGGAGAUAUCAGAACAGCCAUUAUCCUAUGACAAUGUGAAGAGUUUGACCUUUGGACUUGUUUUAGAUGUCUCUGGUGCUUUCAAUAUACUUGACCGGGGCCCACCUGCAGAUGUUGCUGAGGCAAAAGAGUUUCGUGAUUUUUGGGGAGAGAAAGCUGAAAUGCGUAGGUUCAAAGAUGGAACUAUUCAUGAAGCUGUGUUGUGGACUAGCUCAUCUAAUCAGUGUGAUCGUCGACUUGUUUGCAAAUCAAUUGUGCAACAUGUUCUCAAUAGGCAUUGUGGGAUACCCCAUUCAGACAUUCAUUAUAUGGAAGGUAAACUAGAUCAAAUGCUUCAUCUAAACCUCAUAUCCAAAAAUGCAGAUCAGCAUUAUGGCACAGGGGAAGAGCAAAGCCUAGCCAUCCACCAUUCAUUUGACCAGUUAAAUCGGGCCAUUCGAUCACUGACCACCAUACCGCUGGCCAUACAUUCAGUUCAAGGUGUCCACCCUGUCUUCAGACAUGCUGAUGUAUUUCCAGCUUUGCCUGCCCCAAAAGUAACUAUAGAAACAGAAGUUGUUUUGAACCAUGUUGUGCCUAAAGAAGGCAAAGCUUUACCUCAAUUUGUGCCUGCAAUGGAAGUUAUUUGCUUGCUGGAAGGUUCUGGAAAGUGGCCAGAAGAUUUAGAAGCCAUUAGUUGUAUGAAAUCUCUGUUUCAUAUAAAAAUAGGAAAUGAGCUGAAAGAAAAGCAUAACAUCUCUGUUAGUGUAAGGAAAUCUCAUGUGGAUGUACUCAUGAAUGGUUUUGUAUUCCGGCUGAAGGUAGCAAACACAAGAGAACUUGCUGUUUUACGCACACUUAAAACUGAAGAUGGUAUGAUCAAGUUUAAAGAUACAGAUGAAUCAAUAGCAUUGGAGCGUGAAAUUGUGGCUCUACCACACUUGACAAGUUUGUUGCAUGGUAUUCAACAAGACCAUCCUGCUUACAGUGCCACAGUUAGAUUGUGUAAGCGAUGGAUCGCAUCACAAAUGGUGUGGGAUUUUGUGCCAGAGGAAGUGAUAGAGCUUUUAGUGGCAUAUACAUUCAUUUGUCCUCAGCCCUACUCCUCACCAGGAAGCCCCUGUACUGGUUUGAUGAGAUUUCUACACCUUUUGUCUACAUUUAACUGGAAAGCUGAUCCACUGCUAAUUAAUUUGAAUAAAGAGUUUACAGAAGAGGAUUUUUCAAAGAUUCCCAAAGAAUUCACAAAGAACCGUGCGACUUUGCCUAGUAUGUGUCUGUCAACACCUCAUGAUAAACAAGGCACUAAAUGGACCAGACCUAAUCCCACAGAACCUUUUUUACAAAGAUUAAUUAUCCUGGCUCGAGAGUCACUAAAGAUACUUGAGGCUCAAGUAAUUUCAGAAUGGGCAACAUCUGAUUUUAAGGUGAUAUUUAGACCACCUCUCCAACAUUUUGAUCAUUUGAUUCGACUGAUCAAGAAAACCAAUGUGCUGCAUUAUCAGAAUGUUGAUAGUAAAACUGAUGUAACAGCAAGGAAAUGGGUUGAAAAACCAGGCAGCCAACCUCUUCCAGUUGUAAAUUUUAAUCCAGCCAGAAUGUUUCUUCAAGAUCUUCAUUCUGUAUUUGGAGAAAUAGCCAUGUUUUUUUAUGAUCCAUAUGGUGGUGAUGUUAUUGGAAUGGUUUGGAAAAGGCAAGCUCUUGAAACAAAGGAAUUUAAGACCUCACAUUUCACCUAUCGAAAGCCAAAAGUAGAUGAAAAGGAAGUUAUUAGUUUGGAACUUGAAAAAGACUGCAUCUUGGAUGACAUUCGUGUGAUGGGAGGAGGCAUAGUUGAAGGGAUUAUUUCUAAAAACAAUUAAUAGAACAUGAUGAGAAAUAUGAACACAACCUUUACAUUCAGCAAUUAAAACUUGUUGUACCUUCUAA